AUGCCUGCUUUAAUAACAAAUUACUCCUCUGAACCGGAGUACUCGAGUUACGAGCUUCGACAAAAGAUCCGAAGGGGUGAAAUUAAAGGCUCGACAUCCGGUCUUGCGCGAACAAUGCAAGCAAAUCUCAUCGUCCUCCCAUCCAGAUAUGCCAAAGACUUUCGAAACCUUUGCCUCCGAAAUCCAGUUCCAUGCCCUCUCCUCGAGUACACAUCCCGUGGCGACUACACCAGCAGAUUAGCUCUCGACUCUGAUCUUCGAACAGAUAUUCCAGCCUAUAAUGUUUUCAAGGACGGAAAGCUGGUCUCCCGUCGCAAAUCCAAUAUCAUGGAUGAAUGGACAGACGACCACGUUGGUUUCUUAAUUGGCUGCUCAUACAGCUUCGAAACUGCGCUCAAGGAAGCCGGACUCGAGCCAAUGUGCUCCAAGAAGAACAUGGCUGUGCCCAUGUAUGUCACCAACAUCCCGCUCAAUUCGGCCGGUGUCUUCUCUGGAUACUACGUCGUAAGCAUGCGCAGCUACAAGCCAUGCGAUAUCCCUCGUGUGCGAGAGAUCACUGGUCAAUACAUCAAGCAGCACGGCGAACCGAUCGCUUGGGGCUGGGAGGGAGCCGAGAAGAUUGGAGUUAAGCGCAAGAUCGAAAUGGGACUUGUCGACUUUGGCGACUUUGUGGAUAUUCCUGAUGAUGAAGUGCCAGUAUUCUGGGGUUGCGGUGUCACUCCACAGGUGGCGGUGCAGGAGAGCAGGCUGAAGGGUGUAGUCAUGUCGCAUUUACCUGGUUCAAUGUUUGUCACGGAUCUGGAUCCUGAUGAUGAAUCUUUCUUGUUGUAA